AUGACGGUCACCGCUCACCAGGGGGCAGAUGGACUGUCGGAGCCCGAGGGCAUCUCUCUGAAACGCGUGGCUGUGGUGGAAGAUUUCUUUGACAUCAUAUACUCGAUGCAUGUGGAAAGCUCGUCGGAGCCGGGCAAAGCACCCAAACAUGCCGGGCAGAAGAAAACCUACCGAGCGAUUGCAGAGACCUAUGCUUUUCUCCCGAGAGAAGCUGUGACCAGGUUCCUGAUGAGUUGCACCGAGUGCCAGAAGAGGAUGCAUUUCAACUCCAACGGACUGGAGCCCAAAGAGAGCGAACCGCCUUCCUCUUUGGUUUCUGGGAUCAUUGACUACAACAUGCCCCUCACCUCUACUUACCUGAAGCAAAUGAAGCUGCGAGUAAUGAAUUCCCAGGAACAGGAUGAGACAUCGGUGAGCAGUGAGGACUUUGAUAUGAACGACUCCACAUGGAUCUCAGCUGACCAGCACCUGAACUCCAGCCUGAGCCCCAGCCAGGACGAGAGCAUGCGCAGCCCGCAGAACCUGCAUGGCCAGGAGGAUGAUGACUCCUCGUCAGAGAGCUGCAGCGGGAAUGGCUCCUCCACCCUGAACCCCUCCACCUCCAGCAGCACGCAGGGCGACAGCGCCUUCCCCGAAAUGAAUGGAAAUGGCACCGCGGCCCCCAUGGACUUCACCACCUCCGCCGAUGACCAGCCCAUCAACCUCUGUGACAAGCUCGCGCCUGCCCACGUCACCCCUUCCUACCAGUCGGACAGCUGCAGUGCCGACGGGCUGCGCAGCAGGGUCAAGUACGCGGUGAAGACCACGGCAGAGUCCCCUCCGUACAGCUCUGGCAGUUACGACUCCAUCAAGACAGAGGUCAGCGGCUGCCCUGAGGACCUGACUGUCGGCAGGGCCCCCACGGCUGAUGAAGAUGAUGAUGACCAUGAUGACCAUGAAGACAACGAUAAGAUAAAUGACUCGGAGGGGAUGGACCCAGAGAGGCUAAAGGCCUUCAAUAUGUUUGUGCGCCUUUUUGUGGACGAGAACCUGGACCGGAUGGUUCCCAUCUCCAAGCAGCCCAAGGAGAAGAUCCAGGCCAUCAUUGAGUCCUGCAGCCGGCAGUUCCCUGAGUUCCAGGAGCGGGCGCGCAAGCGCAUCCGCACCUACCUCAAGUCCUGCCGCCGCAUGAAGAAGAACGGGAUGGAGAUGACCAGGCCCACACCGCCACACCUGACCUCGGCCAUGGCAGAGAACAUCUUGGCCGCUGCCUGCGAGAGCGAAACGCGGAAAGCAGCCAAGAGGAUGCGGCUGGAGAUCUACCAGACCUCCCAGGACGAACCGAUCGCUCUAGACAAGCAGCACUCCAGAGACUCCACAGCCAUCACCCACUCCUCCUAUUCACUGCCAGCUUCAUCUUACUCCCAAGACCCAGUCUACAUCAAUGGAAGCCUGAACUACAGCUACCGUGGCUACGGGUCCCUGGGGGGCAGCCUGCAGCCACCCGCCUCCCUCCAGACGGGCAACCACAGUAACGGUCCGACCGAUCUCAGCAUGAAAGGUGGGGCUUCCAACACGGCCCCCUCCAACAGCACCAGCAGGGGAAUGCAGGCUGCCCAGCUCAGCCCCACAGAGAUCAGCGCAGUGCGGCAGCUGAUCGCCGGCUACCGAGAGUCGGCGGCGUUUCUGCUUCGAUCUGCAGAUGAACUGGAAAACCUCAUUUUACAGCAGAACUGACUCCCUGUGUCUGCAUCGCUCCUCUGUCGAGAAGACAAUUUAUACCUGCUAGAAAGAGGCUCCCAGCGGUGUCCUGCUCAGGACCACCAUCGUCCUCCCGUGAAACGGCGGGUACAUGUAGUUUUAGAAGGUGGAAUCCAAAAGACCUGUUUUCUUUUACACUCCAAGCACCUGGGACUUCAGGCACAAGGACACGUUUUUGAACCGUACCAACACCCGUGCGUCCGGCCGACCAGAAGCCAAACCUGUGGCUUGGAAAGAUGUGGGACUUUCAAGGGCAGAAGGGAGCCUGGGGAGGUUUGGGGCUGCAGAUGUAUUUAGAAUAACCUUUGUGGACCCAAAUGUUAGAUUCCCGUCCCCAGAUAAUUUCCAAGUCUUAGGUGAGCUGAAUCACAUAUUUAUUGAGAAAUGGACCCUCCUCUCCCCUUAGUAAUUUAUUUUUCUGAAAAUGGAUUCUUUUGAGUUUGUACAGAUUGCCAGUUUUUUGUCUGUCUGAUCAGAAGGAAUUUAUUCCUGUGAAAUAACACAUUCCAUAUCACUACACUACUAAUUUCCAGGCAGCUCUGCCUGUUUCUCUGGGGAGCCCUUGUCCCACAGGGAGCGAGUUUGCCA